AAAAAGGGUUUCCUUCUACAGACAUAUAUAUAUCUUCUCCUAUUCCUACCUCUUCGCUUCUUCGUAUUCUCGCGACUGACAAAGGAGGCCACAGCAGAGAGAGCAUUUGUCAAGAUCCGAGAGAUAAGAUGAGCAGCAGCAGCAAGGCCAGCCUCGGCGGCGGAGGGAGAAAAGGCAAUAAUGAUAUUCCGUCUGGGUGUAGAAAAAUAGUAGAGAGCUUGAAGGAGAUUGUAAACUCCCCUGAGGCUGAGAUCUACGCUAUGCUCAAAGAGUGUAAUAUGGAUCCUAACGAAGCCGUUCAUCGCCUCCUCUCUCAAGAUCCUUUUCACGAGGUAAAGAGCAAAAAAGAAAAGAAGAAAGAGAGUCAGACAAGGGAUAUACCGGAUUCCCGGCUGCGUGGUGCUCAUAACGCAUACAACCGUGGUGGUAGAGGUGCUUCUAACCGUUAUGCUGGACGAAAUGGAUCUAGCCAUUUCAGCUCUACUGGUUCUGGAAACUUCCAGGGAAAAUCUACAGACAAGAAAGAGAGUGGAACCCAAGGUUACACAAGUUCUUGGCCUUCUGCCUCUGGAGUGGCAAACCACCAUCAGACACCCCACAGUGAUUCUGUUGUCACAGAAAACAAAUUACCAUCUGCUCCCUCGGGCGAUGGAGUAUCAUCAUCACAGUCUGCUUCUGGACAUCAAACUGCUUGGUUCGGAGCUCCAGGAAAGAUGUCUAUGGCUGACAUUGUGAAGAUGGGUAGACCACAGAGCAAGACAACAAACUCACAGCAAAAUGUCAAUAUGCGUUCUGAGAUUAACCACGAGCAAGAAGUUAAUGCAAAUCACCAGGUCCCUGUCAAAGACGAAUGGCCAUCGAUUGAAAAGCCACCGGCUCCUAGUACAUCUUCUGUAUCGGUAGCACCAGCAGAGUCAGAGAUAUGCAGUGGUCCAGCUGAUUUCCAAUCCGAUCAGCAUCUGAGUCACCGGUUAGGAGAUAUACGUUUAGCAGAAAAUGGCCCUUCUGAGAAUCUUGGAGGCGAACAUGACUCGGUUGCUGGUAGAAAUGUCCAAGAAGAUGAGUCUGGAGUUUCGUCUGAAUUUAAUGGUAAUCAGUAUACAUAUCAGACGCAUAGCCAUCGUGUAGAGCACCACAAAGAUGAAGAUGAGGUUUCAUCUGGUUCGGCCGAGUUGCAACAACUAACCGUAGAUGAUCAAGAAGCCUCGCAUGAAGAGGAUAGACCUGCUGUUCUCAUUCCAAAUCAUUUACUGAUCCAUACAAAAGAAUGCUCCCAAUUAAGUUUUGGAAGUUUUGGAUCAAUGACUUUGAGCAACAACGCAGAAGAGACUCCUGCUGUAGGUCAACAGGUCGAACAUUCAGAUGCUAGAAAUACUGAGUUCUAUGGAGAUGAACAACUUGGAAGUAGAGCCAAUGGAAAUAUGGGCCACGCACCUGCCGCUGGAAGUUAUGAUGAUUCUUUGGAAUCUAGGCCGGAGGUUCUGAAACAAGAAAACUCCGAGACUGCUCAGGAGAACCAGUACGCAUUUGCUCAAUCUGAGCCAGGGUAUGGUAAGCAGCAGCAGCUGAAUACUGCAUAUGAUGAUGCCUCACAGACAAAUGCACAGAAUCAGAUGCAGAAUCUUGCUUCAUUAUCGAAUGUGAUGCAGGGGUAUCCACACUCAGUUCCCAACAAUUUAUUGGCACAAAAUGCGAGGGAGCUUGAUUUCCAAUAUGCUAUUGCACAGUCUAUGCAGUCAAGAAACAACAACAAUGCUUCACCACUUGGUGGCCAAAGCAUUCCCAUGCCAGAGGCGCUCCGUGGCAGUGGAGUUCCGGCAACGCAGCCAAGUCAGCAAACCUUACCCGGUGGUAACAUGGCAACUGGACCAGCUCUUCCUCCUCAACAGCUUCCAAUGCAUCCUUACUCUCAACCCACAAUGCCGCUAGCACACUUUGCAAACAUGCUUGGUUAUCCUCUAAUGCCUCAGAACUAUCCAUACAUGCCAUCAGCUUUCCCUCAAACUUUUGCUGGGAACAGCUUAUACCAGCAGCAACUAGCUGCAUUGCUUCCCCAGUACAAGACCAAUCUCUCUCCCAGUAAUUUGCCUCACUCUGCAACAGCUCUUAAUGUUGGAUCCGCUGGAAACUUCCCUCUUAACCAACACUCUACUCCUCCCGGUACAACGAUGGGUUAUGAAGAUGUUCUUAGUUCUCAGUACAAAGAGAGUAGUCAUCUCUUAGCACUUCAGCAGCAACAGCAGCAGAACGAAAACUCGGCAAUGUGGCAUCACGGUCAUGGCUCUCGAACCAUGUCUGGUGUUCCGGCUAACACAUACUACAACCUCCAAGCACAACAACAACUACAACAGGCUCAGCAAGCAGCAGGAGGGUAUCGUCAAGCUCAGCAGCAACAGCAUUAUGGAUCUCAGGGCUACCCUAAUUACUAUCAGUCCCAAACAGAAAUGUCCGUUGAUCGCCAGCAGCAAAACCCUAGAGACGGUGCAGGGGCUCAGGCUGGUAGUCAGCCCUCGAACCAAACCCAGCAGCUCUGGCAAAACUCUUACUAAAUAAAGAAAGUGAGUUUGUUUUAAUCAGCUUCUUUCGGUUAUAGAGAAGGUUUGUGUGGAGAGGCUAAAGAGGAAAUGGAUAUGUUCUGAAUGUAUUUACUACCAUCAUCAUCCUUUUGCCUCCUCUAUUAACUUAGGGAACACGCAAUUCCAAUUUCAUCAAUGCAACUUAUAGAAACGGAAAAUUUUCUUG